CAUGAUCAAACAACAUACAACAAGAAAACAUAAGCAUGAACACAGUCAUACAGGACAUAUGAAAUUACAGAUGUCUGCUCUGUCUGUUGUGUCUUUGUGAGAAACUAAAGAGCAAGUUAUGGAGAAAAAUUCUGCAUUUCACAACAACCAAUUUCAUUCAACAUGAUUUUCCCCCCUUUAAUCUCAUGUAAGGGAUCAGUAACGUACCCUCCAAUCUGUGCCGGCCUGCCGUGCCCCUCCAGGUCCUCCACUCCAUCACCUCCUCCUUCUUCACUCGCUCUCCCUCCCUCCAUCCUCCAACCCUGACUUUGCUUCCAUCAGUAGCUCUGCGCUACCCCACGCAUAUCCAUCACUGCACUCCUCCCCUUCUUUCCUUCUGUCCCAUUGCUCCUCAUCCAUCCCUUCUCAGUGUCUUCUCUCCCAGAUGUUAGCAGGGCAGGAUUGGCCAUUUGCUGGCCCCAGCCUCCAGCAUCAUAGAGGAGGGGCAUCAACCAGAUGUUUGAUUUCAUAUUCAUACAGGGUUUAUGAAUCUGAGGGGAGCAGACAAGCACUGACAAGGAGAAGGAAGAGGAGGAUUCAGGUGGAAGCCUGAGAGAACUUUCUGCAUGUUCUAUUUCUGCCUCUGACAGGCACUUUUGGAGUUAUUCUAUCUUUGUUUCGUCCUCCCUCCUACUCCUCCUCCUCCUUCUUGAGUGAGUUUUGGAGACUGGUUAUCUGGGUGGUUGGAGGGCGAUGCUCCAGGCAGAUGUAAACCCGAUGAGGGAAGUUUGUACAAGGGGGAAACAGUGGAGGACGCCAAAUGAAAAGAGCGUCUCCAUCACUGAGGGAGCUGCUGCAGCUAAAGGUGGUCUGGGAUCUGUGUGUGACUGAGGACACAAAGUGUAUCAGGAGCUGGGUUCUUGGCUUGUCCGCCUGCAAGUCAUGUCAAAAGUGCCCAAGACCAAAAAUGUUUCCUGGCCUGCUUCACAGCAUCCUGCCAAUGAACACUAAAAGAAGAGCAUCAACGAAGAGCACGAGUGAUUGAACCUUACACUCUUCAAUGAGUGGGUCAAAAAUGAUCUAUGGAGAGCGUCAGGACAGUGACUUUGUUGAAGAGAGAAACGCCCAGGUGCAGCUUGAGAAGGCUAAGUACAAACCUGUGGCAUUCGCUGUACGUUGCAACUUCUCUUACACGCCAGCAGACGACGACAGCGUCCCUGUUCCGGGUCAGGCCGUCACCUUCGAGGCCAGGGACUUUUUACAUGUUAAAGAGAAAUUUAACAAUGACUGGUGGAUCGGCCGGCCUGUGAAGGAAGAUGGUGUGGUGGGCUUCAUCCCUAGUCCAGUCAAUCUGGAAACCAUCCUCAUCAGAAGAGAAGUCCAGGCGAGGAAAGCUGCCAAGGCCUUAGCCAACAAAGCAGCAUCUCAAGCAGCUCAAGAUCUGAACUCAAAGAAAUACACUCCUCCAUCACAAGCUAAUCAGCAAGUGAAAAAGAAACCGGGGGAGCAGAUAGCUAUGUAUGAUGUAGUGCCAACAAUGCGUCCUGUGGUUCUAAUGGGACCAUCACUGAAGGGCUUAGAGGUUACAGAUAUGAUGCAAAAAGCACUAUUUGACUUUUUAAAGCAUCGAUUUGAAGGCAGGAUAACUAUCACACGAGUCACAGCAGACAUCUCUCUGGCUAAACGCUCCAUUCUCAACAACCCUGGCAAAAAGGCCUUAAUGGACCGGUCCAACACCCGCUCCAAUUUAGCCCAGAUCCAGGGGGAGGUGGAGCGAAUCUUUGAGCUCGCACGCAGCUUGCAGCUGGUGGUUUUAGAUGCAGACACAGUCAACCACCCCAUGCAGGUGUCCAAGACCUCCCUGGCUCCAAUCCUGGUAUAUGUAAAGAUCUCCUCACCGAAAGUGUUGACGAGACUGAUCAAGACACGAGGGAAGUCUCAGACCAAACAUCUCAACGUUCAGCUUGUGGCUGCAGACAAGCUAGCCCAAUGUCCACCGGAAAUGUUUGAUGUGAUCUUAGAUGAGAACCAGCUGACAGACGCCUGUGAGCACAUUGCUGAUUACCUGGAGUCCUACUGGAGAGCCACUCAUCCUCCAGAGAUGGAGCCAGCCAACGCACUGGUGGCCCAUCUGGCCGAGAACACACUGCCUGCCAAUCCUUCAGCAAUACCGGAUGAACAGAAAAACAAGAAGUCAGCUGCCCCCAAGAGGAAGGGCUCCCGUGAGAACCACCUAGAUCAGGAGCCCCCUUCAGCCCCAGCUCAGGAGCACAGGGCUGAGGAGGGCCAAAGAGAGGAGGAGGAGCGACUCCUGAGGGCCGAACCAAAGAGACCCCAGCACACCCACCACCACCACCAUCACCACCACCACCGCCGGAUGGAGCACCACAGCCACACCCAGCACAGCCAAACACCCGGCGGUGUGGAUAUACAGUCAAGCAGGGAUUAUAGUCAGAGGCUCCCCCGAAGGCACCUGCCUGAGGAGAGGGAGGACGAGUUGGCAGAUGUGGUGGAGGAGGACGAGGAGGAGACUUACUAUAACCACCGAGCCCAUAACCACCACCAUCACAACAGCAACCACCACCAUCACCACCACCACCACCAUCAACAUCAUCGUGGGAGCAGCCAGCCACACGUUGGGGAAGACUACGAGCAGGAGCACAAUGAGCGAAACCGGCAGCACAGGCAUCACCAGCAUGUGCCACCACGGACACAACACACCGAUCACUAUCCUGUACACAAUCACCACAGCUACCACCACUACCACGGCAGAGACAGAGACAGAGACAGAGACAGAGACAGAGACAGAGAUAGAGACAGAGACAGGGAAAGAGACAGAGAAAGACACAAGGACAGGGACAGAGAUAGGGAUAGGGAUCGAGGACGAGACAGAGAUGCCCGACAGUGGCAAAGAGAUUCUUACAUCCACCAGUGACUGUUCUUUCUACAUGGGAUUGGUGCAUGGUUUUAUGCUGCUCACUUUAUAAUGCACUAAUGAGUGGGGCAGUGUGUCAUGUUUCCCCUCAUAUCGUUUGCCAUUUUUUUUUAGGAUUUUUACCUUCGAUCCACAUGCACACACCCUUUUCUUCUUUCUUAAUCGUCACCAAAAUAAAUUUAAGCACUUGUAGGAUACAUUUUUGUCCGUCCUGUUUCUUAUUCUGAUGGCUCUUUUGUGUGUUGUUGCACAAAAAAUGUUAAAGAUGAAAUUGCAUCAGUUCUGUUCUAAAGUAAGGCUACAUUUAGAAUUAUUUGCAUUAUCAGUUAAACUGUCAUUUUUAACUAUCAUUUGUCAAUAAAAUGUCUGAUAGUAGUGAAAAAUCUCUUUUAACAGCUGACAAUAGGCCAAUAUUACAUCCUCUGAUGUCACCGUAGUCAGUGGCUAAUUUCUGACUAUCUGUCCAAAAUUCUAAGAUAUUCAGUUUACACUAAUACAAAGUGGCAAAACAGACAAAACAGUCCCCAACAUAUAAAAUUGGUCCUGUGCAAUAAGAAAAAAAAUGUUUCAUUGUGGAAAAGGGAUAAUUGUUUGAGACAUUUCACAAGAAACACUAAUCCUGAACUGAGUUGAAAUACUGGAUUGACUACCUAAUUAAGAACAGAAUAAUCGCAGCUAAAAUGCCAAACAUUGCUUUGUUUCACCUUCUGUGAUGUGAGGAUUUAUCACUUUACCUUUGGGUGUUAAACUGUGGACCAUAAUAAAUAUUAAGAUGCCCCCUUGACCUCUGGGAAAUUACAUUAUGCAUCUUUGACAUUUUAUUCACCAAGCAACUAAUUGACUAAUCAAGAAAUUAAUCAGCAGAUGAAUCGAUAAGAAAAAAUCUUUUUUAGUUGUAGCCCUAACCAGGUUAUCUCUGUCAUCCCAACAUAAUGACAAAAUGAACUCACAAUGUGGACACAAGGGGAGAAAAUACAAUUAUUACAAUGAUGACUUUUGCAUUUUAUGAUUUUAGGUUCUACACAGUGGCGCAAUGGGAUGUUUUGUAUAAUCAUAUCACUGACUUCCUCUUCAGUGUCACAUCUUCCCGUAUGUAUUUCAGUCAGGCAUCCUCAAAAACCAACAACUUAUUUUAAACAUUGGUACUGAAAGUCAAACUAUUUUUCUACAUGAUUCUAAAUGGAAGUCAUGCUCAGCUUCCUACUUUUAAAAAUGGUGUUCAAGCAUAUUUACUGAUGUAAAUUUGUUCUGUCUGGAAGCAUGAAUAACCUUUUGGUGACACUGAACUGUGCUAUAUGCUGGAUACUCUAUGCAUCUUCUUGUGGUAAAUUAUCUUGCUUGAAUGCAAUCUCUAUGCAUUUGUAUAUACUUCAUAAAUGCCUUGUUAGGUAAAUGUAAGGAGAACCAGAGAACCUGUUGCACUGUUUGGUAGACCUUGACUUAAUGUGUGAUUGCUUUAAUUUACCAGGACAGAACUGACUGUGUUCCUCUCAAGAUUUGUUUUCAUUAUCUUUGUUUUGUACAGCAUUCAGAAGUUAAUUUUGACAAAUAUGCAUUCUGGUGUUGAAAUUCAUUAAAAUGUAAAAUGUG